AUGACAUCAAUUAUCACUUCCAUCAAUGACCUUAUCACCUCCAUAUUUGAGGUGGUGUUCUCCGUGGUCAAGAACACGUUUGAUACGGGGUAUCAGCUACUCCUGGCUUUAGUCGACUUCUUUGCCGAUAUCCCUAAGAUGCUAGAGCAUACGGUGAAGGGCAGUUUUGAAGCUGUAGGCGGAGUUGGGACAUUCAUUGCUAGUAACAUCGUCGUUAUAGCUAUGAUCGCUCUCGGCAGCUAUGGCUACCUGGUAUAUAUACGCCGUGGAGGCCGCCCAGUGCAGGAUGGGACCAAGAAGUUGAAUUAG